AUGGAAAUUCAAAACGACCGAGAGCAAGAUCACAUGCGACGAUUCCGAAGAGAGGCUCAGGACCGUCGAACUCAUCACCUACGGAACAUGACUACUUACUUGCCGGCAACUUUCUCGUCCUGGAUUGAUGGGAAGCACUUCCCCGCAAAGAGGCUUAGUAUGGGUGGAAUAAUCAGCUCCGAGACAAACAUCGAAGGAAAUGUACCGUUGCAAAGAUUGGCUGGGCAAGGUGCUAUUUCUGACAAUGAUCCAUUUUGGAACAAUCUGCUGUCGUUCAAUUUAAAGAUUGACGAUUAUGACGCGAAGCAGGCAAAAGCAUUCGACGAUUCCUUGAAUAACUUCUUGCAAUCCUUAAUGUACAAUACGCAGACCAGUGGCAAUUUCGCAGCCUUCAUCAGAGUAUUUCUCCGCCGCUCAACUGAACUGAAGACUUCUGAGCAGUAUGAUAACAAAAUUUAUUUGUGGCAAACGGCUAACGCUUUGAUAAUACUCCGAUAUAUAUGCAAGUUUCUGACGCAACGAAUGAAUGAAAGUGAAUUUGUGAGGGUUUUCGCAACUUCUGCCUCUGCUCCUUCAUCGUCUUUGAGUUCGUCUGACGAAGCUGAGUCGGAGGACGAAAAUCAGUCAGAAUCUGGCCAGUUGUACUGCAAUACUGCUGAGAAACUGCUCGAUACUUUGAUUGAUAUUUUGGCGGAUCUGCCUGUGAACGACAACACUAUGGCCAUACACGUCGAAGCGGUGAAGUGUCUCAUUACUAUGCUCAGCUCUCAGCUAUACCAUGAAAGUGUGGUCAACACAUCUGUUGUCUUUUCGUACUUUAUAACUGGAGCCUGUAGCAAGCGGGCAGCAAUUCUCACAAAAACAAUGCUGCGGAACUAUUUGAUUCACAACAGCGAAUAUCACCCCUUGAAGAAGAAUGAAGGAGGAAGUAUCGUUCUUGGAAUAGCUUCAUCAUUUUGGUCAAUGGUACAGGCAGCCGCUGGUGGAGAUGAUGAUGCUGAAGAGAUUCAAGAUUAUCCAGUAACCUUAGGAAGUUUGAGCAUUCUGCUGUUGCUCAACUUGGCAUGUCAUCAUCCUGCGAAAGGGUGCAAUCCAUUCAAAGAAACAUUAGCACUAUUCCAAAACUCUCAAGAGGUGUCCAGUCUUACUAUUGACAAAUCUACAUUUAAACUGGAUUACAAUGCACUUUAUGAAAGACUGUGUGCUACAGCAUGUCAAGAACCACCUAUGCUGUUGCUCUACUUGCUUCUUCACCGUAACUGCGGUUUCAGGAAUUUUGUUUUGUCGAGGAUAAAUCUUGAAAACCUAGUUCUGCCAGUAAUCAAAAUCCUUCAUGAGGGUGUGGCUUCAUCAUCUUCAAACUCACAUCACAUGUAUCUCGCCUUAAUUGUUAUGUUAAUCUUAAGUGAGGACGAUUUCUUCUGCAAGAUCAUACAUGAAACGAUGAUUCGUGAUGUUGAUUGGCUAGAAAGUGAUCGACCAAUCCGAGAAAUAUCACUGGGAGGUCUUUGUGUUAUGGUGUUUGUACGAACUAUACAUAAGAAUGCUAUUCGCAUGAGGGAUCGUUAUUUGCAUACGAACUGUCUUGCAGCUCUAGCUAAUAUGUCGUCGUGCUUCAAAAACCUUUCACCUGUAGUAUGUCAAAAGAUAAUAGCACUUCUAGAGCUGCUGAGCAAACGCUAUAUUAAAAUGGUCGAACAUAUGCGGGUGACUGCGGAGCAGGAGGCUAACUCUGGAAACUCACUGGGAUAUCAUGAUGACGUUAUUGCACUAGAAGAGGGAAUUCGUACCCUAUUGGAAAUCAUUAACAGUACGCUCUGCGGUAACCUUCGCAAUAAUCCACAUCUGAUCUACACCCUAUUAUACCAUCGUAGUUUAUUCGAUUCGUAUCAGCAGCAUCCGAUGUUCCAGGAUCUGCUCGCUAAUAUUACACUUGUAAUAUCGCACUUUUCCUCCAAGGUGGUCCAUGUUAGAUCAGGCGACGGAACAGCAAUGAUGGAAAUUAUUGAAAAAGAAGCUAUGGUGCUACCAACUGAUCGUUUGGCCAAAUUUCCAGAAUUGAAAUUCAGGUACGUAGAAGACGAAAACACUGUGGAAUUCUUCGUACCAUAUGUGUGGCGAUUAACGGUGCAGCAUUCGAGUAUUCUUUUCGAAAGUUCUAGAGUGAAACUCUUUAAUGCCCGCAUGCUUAUAGCUGGUGGCUGA